AUGGGAGUAGCAUACGUCAAUGUAACACUAGAUCGUAAUUUCCUACGUUUCAUAAUUCAAUAUACUGAACAAAACGGUACAAUACUACAUUUCGCAAAAGGUAACAACGUCACAGAUUGCGGCGAUAAAAUCGUGCCAAUUCGAAAUUGCACCAACACAUUCACGAAGAUUUUCUACAAGAAAUUACUCUUCACCGCUUGUGCUCAACAACUACACUCCGGUGGCACGGCGCAUUGCAAUACCCGUCCCAGCCACCUAAAACCGUUGGAAGUAAUAGACGAUGGUAUCAUCAUUUUAAAUUAUGUAACUGCUUUUAUUAAAAUGGACAACAGUUCCGGAAAAAACAUCCAUGGCACAUUUCUGGUGACAUUCGAUGAAGAAGGUGAAAUAAAUGGGUCUCUAUUCUCAAAUAUGAAGAAUAUUGUUGGACGACACCACAGCUCAGCGACAUCGGCGUUCUUUAAUAUCACUGGUCAUCAAGAAAUUCUGAGUCUAUCAUACCUACAAAGGUUUAACAGCAAGAAUCUACAACACAUUGGAGACAUAGAUAAAAAGCUGACAUCAAGGCCAGCAACGUUCAGCGUGACCAACCCCUUCAUUGUAGCUAUUGAAGAUGAUGAUAUUGCAUCCACGAGUGCUGCAGCAGUAACGUGUCCUGAUGCUACCACAAUACAGCAGUGGAAUAUAGUGAAAAUGGUCAACUACUUGGGCUCACAUGAAUUGUGUGCAGCAUUUGCCGAGGUAUACGGUCUGUUGCCAAAAAGCCGGCUUUGUACCAUUCACAAAACCAAAAUGGCAUUGGACAAACGCCACCCAGUAAGAUACUUUAAAUGCUCUAGGGGCAAUUGUAGGACGAAGUCCCUUAUUUCAAGGGCAGCGGGCACGUGGUUUGAAGGCGUCAAAUUAAGCUUUCCCCACGUGUUUUACCUAAUGUAUUGCUUCGCCCACCGCUUUACGCGGGAAGAUAUUUAUAGGGAGAAUUAUGCGAGCGUGGGAAAGAAAUUGUCAUCUGCCACUAUGUCCGACUGGUAUAGCUACUGCAGGAAAGCGGUAGUUAUAUUUCAGUUAGACCACCAAGAAUUCAAAGGGAAGAUUGGUGGUCCAGGUAAGGUAUUGCAGAUUGACGAAAGUAAAUUCGGGAAACGGAAAUACAGUCGAGGAAGACGCGUAGAAGGGCAUUGGGUGCUGGGUAUGAUAGAGGAUGGCAGUGAGGACCUCAGACAGGAGGUAUGCCCUGACAAUGUGCGUUCCGCUGAGGUCCUCAUCCCUCUUAUUCGUAAAAAUGUACUAGAAGGAAUAACCAUAAGGACAGAUUUUUGGCGCGCAUAUGAAUGCCUCCCUGAAUAUGGUUACAUCCAUAAAAAGGUUAACCAUAGCGACCCUGGGAAUCCAUUCAUCGCCGAGGAUGGCACACACACCCAAAGAAUCGAGUCCCAUUGGCGUGUAGUGAAGAGAUUUUUUUAUAAAGACAACUAUAAUAAUCCGGCAAACUGUGCUGAUGUUAUAGUAGAGUUUUUAUGGAGGCGGGAAAUCCAAAAAAAAAAUACAGACCCAUUUAUUUCUUUACUGGGUGUUAUU